AUGUUCGCAAUGGGUACCGGCACGGCAGCUGAACGAUGCUCGGCGUUAGAGGCGGCAUUCGAUGAGAUGCAGGCAGGGAUCGCGACCAAUACGGAGAAUAUCGCAAAUCUGAUGGCGGAGGUCACCGCCCAAGGGGCGCGCACGACAAGGAUCGAGGCCAUGAUGGAGGCGGUGCGGGCGAAGCUAGACGCAUGGAUUCCGCAGCGGGAGGGCAAAGGGCCGAUGGGCUCUGGUAGCGACGAGGAGAGCUCGGAGGAGAAGGAGGGAGAGAAGAGUACGAUCAGAAUGAAAGAUUGA